AUGAGUGCGCAACGCCCGUUGAGUGACGUUAGCGCGACCGACAGCGGUCAAGACGAUGACGAGAUAUUAGACGCAGCUUUUGGCGAGUUUGAGGAGCAAAAUACUCGCGAUAUUUUCGACUCGUCCGCCUCCAUGUCCUCUCCAACGUCAAAUCCAGCUCGACAAAAUAUCAAUGGCCAUCGAUCGAACGCCACACGUAUGUUAGAGGCACUCGAGGCGCUUUCUCAUGACACCGAUUCUGAUGAUGUCCCACAGUCGCUACAAGGACUUCUUGAGCAGCUGCACAGCGGUGAUAGCUCUAUAUUGGACGGCGUGUUUCCAUUCUCACAACUACUACAGAGUUCCGGCAGCAGUUCGCGCUUUCAGCGAAUCUACGAACAGAUCGGAACCGAACAACCGAUACACACGCAAAUUGAAGCACUUACUGAAUUGUGCGAGACGCUGUCGCUGUCAUCAGAGGAGGCGCUCGAAGUCUCUGGCUUUAGCGUCGAAAAGUUUGUUUCGGCAAUAGUCGCGCUUCUCCGCAUUUCACCUUCGAUGGAGCUACUGCUUUUAGCUGCCAGAGCUCUAUCAACUAUCUUAGAGCUCUUUCCUUCCAUAGCGAUUUCAAAAGCAGCAGCAGAGCACGUGAUUCCCUCGCUGUGUGAGAAGCUACUGGAGAUUGAGUACAUGGAUGUGGCUGAGCUAGCGUUACAGAUCUUGGAAACAAUUGUUUGCAAAACCGAAUUUGCGUUUGCUUCUGUCGUAACAGUACCAAACGUAUCACAAUUGUGUGCUCAGUACCGGACAGAAGUUAUUAACGAGAACGGUAUCGUCGCUCUACUGCAGUUUGUCGACUUUUUUCAAUUAGAAAUUCAGCGUCGAGCUGUUCGCAUCGUCUGUCAAUUAUGCACCGAGUUCCCUUCGUCUUUACAAGACAAAUUGCGCCAGGGAUUGCCAUUCAUUACGAAUUUAUUGCGCUCAUUCGAUCCUGAAAUUCUUCAAAGCAGCUUUGAAUGUUUACAAAAACUUGCAGACAGCUCAGCAUUUUCAACUAAUCCAGAGUUUGCGUCAAUGGUUGCAACAGACGAGAUCUGCGACUUACUUGUGGCCAAACUUAUGUCUUUUGUCAGUUUGAAUGAACCUGGCGGCAGUCCAGUGUCUCACUUUUCACCAUUGAGUAUCUUACGCUUUCUUUCUUGCUAUCUCUCGUGUGUUGCAAGUGAUUUAAGGGACGAGAAUUUUACUUCUACUGCGUCUCAGUUGCGGUAUGUCCGGUUGCCACCGAUUGCGACAGCUUUGUUGGCAAAAAAAGAGGUGAUUGCCGACAGCCAAGUACUCGGAGAGACUUUGAAGCUCGCACUUGUUCUUGUUUCGAAAGCAGAAAUGUUAUUACCGACAGAUAAGGUGCCGCGUCCUGUCCUAAUGCUCGCGCAGAAUAUAAUGCCAUCUCUCAUUCGCGUCUAUGAUACCACGUCGCGCACCGAUUUACGACACGACUGUCUUAACAUCAUGUAUCAAGGCUGUUUAUUAGUGCAUGCCAACAAGCAGUCAACAGCUACUUCAGAAAGUAUCGAAAAUUCUCGUUUGGCUGCUUUUCUCGCACGGGUAUUGCGUCCUAAGCGCGACAAAACGAUCCCAGCGGCUCUAGCAAACGACGAAACGGAGCUAGCUAUAGUAAUAAUGGCGCUGCGAAUAAUCGAGGUGCCCCUGCAACAUAUUGGUACACAAGAGGCAGCAAAGGACAAUUUUGAGCGUCAUGGUGUUGCGAAUAUUAUUCGUAUGUAUGCUACAUUCAAAAAGGAGGAUAAUACGAGUGACUGUGAUGAGGGAGAGGCUAUAAUUUUGUCAACUCGGCUUGUUAAUGAGUUUUUUGGGGCUGAAAGCUUAAACGUGAGUAUGUUAAAUCAAUUGAGGCAACUUGUUACCAAUCUUCAAUCAGCUUUAAGUGAAGAUAGACAAAGUGAAGGAGUUGAGAAAAAAUCACUUUGUUUGCUUCGAAUGUUACGCGAUUUUGUAGCUCAAGGCGAUAUGUUUCUGACAGCAUACGAGCUGGCAAGCAGCGGACUAGUUAAGGUUCUUAUAGAAGUUCUAAUCGAUAAAGGAGGUCAGCGAGCAUUCUGCCAAAUGCUUAACGAUCCUGGAAACAAAGGAAUGGAUUUUAUUAUGUCGCUCUUGCAGUGUUUGCAAGAUGCCAUUUCGUCUGAGAAAGAUGCUUUUCCUGUAUCUCAAAACGAUGAAUUGUCAGCGUAUACUGGACUUUCAUCUGGCAGCAUCGUGACCGAUCUGGAUCAGCUUCUGCAGCACAUUAAAGUGCAUGUGCUAGUUGAGGAAUCGAAGCCGGAAGCGGAGCCUGAUCACGAAGACAACAGUAUGCAGGGAACAGGGGCGCAAGAGCAACAAGCUAAUCAUUGGAAACAAACUGUCGAACGCGAUAGCGAUAAGUCGAGCUAUAGAUCUGUCCACAAUACAAUUGUGCUUGUGGAACCUCUAGCCCGAAUCGAAACAAUGGAAGAUUUUAUAGCAGAUAAAUUGUUUGGCCAAAGCGGUAGUGGAGAACCAAUCCUUGAUGUUUUGACCCGAUCAAGUACUGAGGUUGAAGAGAGAGAAGACAUUGGUGAAAGCGGAGAAUUUGCGAACGAUACCAACAAGCUGCGAAGAGUUGUCGCAGUCUACAACAAACACGUCCUUCCAGCUGACAUAAGUCUUUUAGAAGCAAUUGUGAAGUUUAGAGACGUUGCCGAAACUACUCUAUCUGCGUCACGAUCACGCAUAUGGAGGUCUACACCCCACGACAUCACGUUUAAAGUAGUAGCUUCUAACGCUUGUUGCGUGUCCGGGCACAUAGAGGCUUGUACUGCGGUAAAAAAGGAUACUGUGGGUCCAACUGACGUGGUCGGAACGGAUCAAUGGUGGGAUGACGUUUGGGAUUUGCUGUUGUUGCUAAAACUUGUGCGACAGCAAUGUACUGCGCAAUUGUUUGGGAAAAAACUUUCGUUUACAAACAGUUAUCUAAGUCUUCAAGUUCGUCGCGCGCUGCAGCAGCCGAUUCGAGUGGUCACGAAUUCCCUCCCCAAAUGGUGUUUUCGUCUUGUAGACGAAUUUGCUUUCGUGCUCGAGUUUGAAACGCGAUGCCAUUUCAUGUAUGCAACUACGAGUGGGUGCUCCAGAGCAAUUCAAUAUCUGUGUCGGUCUGUUUGGAAAAAAGCUGUGUUUGGAGAGCCAGUGCUUAUGCAACCGCCCCGGUCAAGUAGUGGUCGGCGUCGUUUUCGGGAACCAUCAAAUCGCACACGGGCUUCUGUACUCGAAGGUCUUUCUCAAAUGGUCAAACUUCCUCGGCUAAAAGUACGAGUGGCACGGUCGCGUCUCUUACAGUCAGCAAUGAAACUCAUCACCAUUUACGGUGGAAGUAAAGCAGUGAUUGAAACUGAGUUCCUUGGAGAAGUGGGUACUGGCUUGGGCCCAACUACCGAGUUUUUUACUCUUGUGUGCCAACAAAUUCAAUCCAAGCAAUUACAAUUGUGGAGGGACGAUGAUUUGAUUAGAACUGAAGCGAAACAAAUAUUUGACGAUGAGCAAAAGAGUCUGGCGGUUGAGGAUGAAUCAGAUUCAAUAUCAAAGCGUCAAAGCUCGCUUGCCAUCCGAGGAUACCACCGCAUUGCCACUUACUAUUGUACCCAGUGCGAGGUGCUUCGUCUUCCGGUGUGCUCGUUACACCAGCAACUUUUAACCGACGAAAGCAAAACAAACAAGAAUAAACAAGCAUCGGUGGACUGUAAGACGAGCACAUUGUCCGCUUCAGUUUCACGGCGCCGGAGCGGGAGAACCUCGAUCCCACAGUGUGCUAAAUGUUUGGGUGAACGUGACUGGUAUUCUGCUGCUAUGUUAUGCGAUUGCGACGAGGCCAGGAUGUGCACACUGAAGUGGUGGAUUUUAAGUAAGGACGAGGCCCAGUAUCUGGCCAAGGUUUUCCCUCGUCGUUCAAAACGAGUGCGUCUUCCAGUACUGCAGUGUGCGCAUUGUGAGACUGUAAAUUUUCCGGGUACAGAUGCUGGUAUAGUUGUAAUGGAUGGUGAUCGCAUGGUCUCGCGCUCAGGCCGACGCAUGUAUGAACGUGACUAUCGAGCCGUGACAAAACACGUGUCACCUUUGUGUGAAGGCACGCCGUUGAACAUCAUGACAGUGGUUGUUACUCGACGCGAUGUGGAUGCCUUGGUGACAAGCCUUACAUCGACUCCAGAAGUGCUCGAGUCGGAGAUUGAGUCGUUUCAUUACUUGAAUGAAGCAUUUGCAGGCAGCAAUGUCGGUGGUGGACCACCCGUGACGGCCCCGUUUGGUUUGUACCCGAAACCGUACUUGAGUAACGACAGCCUUGACGAAGUGAAAACUUCAGUACAGACUAAAUCAAGUGAGACUGUUAAUCUGGAGGCAGAUGCGGCAACUUGUAACGGAGAAGAGGUGGAUGUCCUGACGUGGUUUCGGUUUCUAGGUCGGUUAGUGGGUCAAGCGAUCUUAGACGAGCGGUUGCUGAACUUGCCGUUUGCUCGCCCGUUCUUGCGCGCGUUGCGCGGCGAAAAAAUGGUGGGCGACUGCGUGAGUAUUGAGACGUCGCUUUCGUUCGUUGACGAAUUGGAUCCGAGUAUCGCAAAUUCGUUGCGUUACUUGCACAAUUUAACGGUCAAAUAUGCGGCAACGAAAGCGUCCGGUCAUGUUGAGGCGUCGUCAGACGUGGCGCAAUGGACAAUUGAAGUUGAUGCAUUGUGUCGUUCGUUUACAAUGGUCGGCGCUGACGAAAUUCCGCUAAUUGUAGGAGGAGAGGACAUUCCCGUGACGUUAUCUACGCUGCAACAGUACGUCGCUCUAAAUCUCGAGUUUCUUCUGGAUCGCACCAUCAAGUUUCAAGUACAUGCAUUUCGACAAGGAUUCGAGCAGAUUUGCGGCGAGCAGCUCUUUCGCUUUUUACAGGCUUUUGAUGUCAAUGAAUUAGAGGAGCUUUUGAGUGACCGUGGCACUGGUAGUACAAUGUGGGAUCGCAAUGGUCUUGACUUGCGUGAACACAUGGUAUGUGAUCAUGGCUACACAGCAGAGAGUCGUGCCAUUGGUCACCUCGUGUCGAUAUUGUGUGAACUGCCCGUAGACGAGCAGCGCCUCUUCGUGCGCUUUGUGACGGGUGCGAAUCGGCUACCAUUGGGUGGACUGCGCAACCUUGAGCCUAAGCUUACAGUCGUGCGAAAGCUGCCGGAUGUUAACAGCGUUGAAGAAAAUGACGCUGUGCUACCGUCUGCGUCAACGUGCACGAAUUAUCUCAAGCUACCGGAUUAUUCAACGCGUGAAAUUAUGAAAGAGCGACUAAUAUACUGCAUUACCGAAGGACAGUGCAAGCGGAUGCACAACACAUUAAAGAGAAGGGCCGGUAACCAGCUGUGA